UAUUGUGUUUUUGUGUUUUUCGUGUUUUCUCGAAAUUUGAUGUAAUUUUAUUCUGCCUUUUUGGAUAGCAAGUGCAAAAUUUUCUAGUUAAAGUUUCGCGAUGUUUACGCUAGUUAAGUUAUCACAGCCCUGGAUGCAGUCAAUGCGCAGCGCCUACAUGCUGUCGCAACGCUUCACCAUACGCCAGUACAAUAAUGAACACAAUAGCAACGACGAUGACGAGGGAGAGAGACCCACAAAGAUCUCGGCGGCCGCUCAGCUCGCCCAGGCCGUGGAGAGCGACACCAAGCUGGAGUCACCGGAGCCAGUACAGCGCAUGGUCGAGCUGGAGAAUGUGCGUUCCCGGAUCAAUGAGCUGGAUCAGCGCAAGCUGCGGCAUCAGGAAUACGCCCAGAUGCUGAAGCAGCUGAUCAUCAAGCCGCCCAACUAUGCCCAGGAGAUAAGGCUGCCAUUCAAGCAGCCCAUACCAGCCAACAACAUGCGUCAAUCGCUUCGCAACUGCUCCAGCACCGAGGAGGUGCUCCAACUGACCAACGACCCAGAGCAGCUGGCCAAUGAGCUAGUGCGUCUGUCCUGGGAGCUAAACACCGAGAAGCGCAAAAACGAUGUCGUACUGGAGAGCUAUCUGGAGCUGAAGCAGGAAAUGCUCAAUGGCAAGUCCAAGGCCAACCAGCAGCUCACACAAUUGCCGCUUGCCAUAAUCACGAUAUUCUGCGGUUUCUCAGCGGCUUCCGAACUGAGCCAGCAGAUGCCCCAAAAGACGGCCAGCCCCACCUUUGAGCAAAUCAUUCAGCGCGAACGUGGCACAAUUAUGCGUCGUCGUCGUCGUCGUCGUCGUCUCUCGCAAAUUGCUCAAUUGAGCCCGGCCAGAGUAUCCAAGACGUUGCUGGACCGUCCUGGCUCACUGUCUCACUGA